CUCUCUAUUGACUGGCUCUCCUGCAUCAUACUGGAGACCCCGUUGAGAGGAUCUUUUCUCUCUAUAAAGAGAAGAUGCAGCUCAGGCGCCUUUGAGAUGAUCGCAAGGAUUUACUGCGCGCCUCUCUCUUCCAACUUCAGAAGGGCACCCUCGGCUGCUUCAACACCAACAUCAUCAUCUGGACUGCUAGCAUACUAAAAACAUUUACCUAGUGGACUGAGCAACAUUUUAAUGACGCUGGAUUUCCCAGUCUACUCUGUCUGAGUCAUCCAAGACCCGAAUGUGACCAUCUUUUUCUUCUGCGCUCCAAGCUGUAGUUUAGACUUUGUGCGUCGUCGCCUCUCGGCGCAGUUUGUGCUGCAGGUGCGUGGAGAAGGAGCGUGAGGACAGAUGGCUGCGCUGGCGAUACAAAGGACUGACAACUUUUUGCACACCUUUUUACAGGACCGGACGCCCAGCUCCUCUCCAGAGGGAGCACCUAACGCCCUCUCCUUCCUGGCCACCACCUGUAGCCAGGCCUGGCAGGUGGGAGGCACUACGGGCUCAGAAGGCUCCCAGUUCCCUUACGAGGGCACCGUCAGUUCCACAUCAGGAAUGUUUCAGCUCUGGAGCAACGACAUGGCGCCCAGCACUGCUCUCAGCACACACCAGAUGACCUUCACUGUGCCCAAGGUGCAGUUCCCCGGACACAUGCAGUCUGGCCUGGGUCACCAUCAUCAUCACCCCCAUCAUCACCACCACCAUGAGCUGCCUCUCACUCCUCCAGCUGAACCUCCCUCUUCCUACUCCUUCGAACUCUCCCCUGUCAAAGUGCUGUCCUCGCAGCCACAGGCCAAUGGCCCCUAUUAUCCUCAGCACAACAGUGUGGGACAAAACUUCCCCAGCUUCCUCCAGAACUCCUCAGCCAGGCAUCACCUGCCUGGAGGCCAUGUGGAGGAAGGACAGCAAUGGUGGAGCCUCCCCCAAACCAAUGCAACUCCUUCCAACCAUCCAUUCUCCCUAGGCAGACAGCUGGUUUUGGGCCACCAGCCCCAGAUAGCUGCUCUUCUCCAGGGCACCUCCAAGGGCCUGCUGAGCUCCACACGCCGCUGCCGCCGCUGCAAAUGCCCCAACUGCCAGGCGAAUGGUGGGGGGUUAGAGUUUGGAAAGAAGAGACUGCACAUCUGCCACAUCCCAGAGUGUGGCAAGGUGUACAAGAAGACCUCUCACCUCAAGGCACAUCUCCGCUGGCAUGCUGGGGAGAGGCCCUUCAUCUGUAACUGGCUCUUCUGUGGUAAAAGCUUCACCCGUUCAGAUGAGCUACAGCGGCACCUCCGCACACACACCGGAGAGAAGCGCUUUGGGUGCCAGCAGUGCGGCAAGAGGUUCAUGAGGAGUGACCACCUCUCUAAACAUGUCAAGACCCACCAGACCAGGAAGAGCCGGUCUGGGCAGCCUUCACAGAGCACGGACCCUCUGCUCACCAAUAUCAAGAGAGAGUAAUCUCUGUGGUCCAUCAUUCAAAAGUAAUAAUCAACAAUGAACAGACUGUGUGACUUACACUUACUGCCAUAGGUUUGCACUAGAGGGUAAGCAUCAAGCUCCCCGAACAUCUUCUGUUGUCAAAGCCCUGCUUUUGACUUCAUGUAGUACCAUAAAAAUAUAUUUAGAGACUUUUUUUAAUGAAAGUAAUUGUGUGCUGUUUGAGGCAAGGCACCUUUAAAGAACACUUGAAGCCUUUUUCAGUGAUAUUGUGAGAGUUUUGCUGAAUUCAUGAUGCCACACGAACAGACUUUCAACUGAUGUGAAAAUCAAAAUUCUUUCAAAGUUAAUUUUGUAAAUAUUUUAUCCAUGUGAAGGCAUGACAUGAGCAAAAUUCCACAAGGUUUACCUGAAUAUGUUGUCCAUAUUAUCAUGUUCAAAAUAAAUGUAUGCCUUAGUACAGCUAAUGGUUGCUGUAUAAAAAUUAUACUUUCUGCUUUCGAAAACAGGUUCAGAAUGGAAAUACGCCUCUGUUGCUGUUGGUAAUUAGGUUUUUAUUCCAAAACAUAUUCCAAUUUGUCUGCUUCAAGGUAGGGAUCUUUUUUUUAAAUGUUAGUCUUUGAUCUAAAGAUUUAUCUCAUCUGCUCUUAAGCAGCAAUGUCCAUUGCUCCAUUCUAAAAACAUUUUAAAAUUUUAAGUUCUUUGUAAAUUAUGUAUAAAUAUCAUGAGCAAUUUUAUUGGGGUUAUGGCCGCAUGUAAAUUUUAAUAAACUUUGUCCUUGCUGAAACAAA